AUGCCGGGAUUCAAUGUGGCAGAUUUGAUUGAGAAUAAUUUGUCACGAUCCUCCACGAACCGGAUGGACGACCAAAAUCAUGAAAUCAGACCAGAAGAAUUAGUAAAAGAUACUAUUCAUAAACAGAAUAUACUCAGUCCCAAAUUGAACACCACUUCCGUUCACCACAGACAACAACAUGGAUAUGAUAAUUUGGUUAGUUUGAUUCAAAAUGUUUUACAGCAACAAUCUCAAAAUCACAAACACCAGUCACAACACCCACAACAAGAGCAGCAGCAACAACACCAGUCACUUUCAUCACAGAUAUCGGAUCUAAUUAUGAGCACACCAAAAGUGAUCAGUCGUCCAAAUGGUGGUCCGCUAGAUAACAAAACGGUAUUAGCGGCCACGGUGACACCGUGUGUGGAGAAAAACUGUGCAACGGAGAUCCAAUUCGACACAGUCCCCGUUCCACCGGUCCUCGCAGAAUUUACUUCCGAUCCCGGAGCUUGGCAACGACUAUUCUAUCUCUACCCGGAACUGGCAGACUAUCUGGUUAAGUCAAACUAUGCAUACGGAAAUCGUCUCGACCAUUGUCCAGAUUCAACUGCAUCGAAUCAGGAGGCUGUGACCCCAUCCGGGAAGCACCACAAACUUCCAGGCGAGAUGGAUGAACAAACUAUGGAUUUAUCAAAUUAUAUGAUCAAUUCACAAAUGCAGACCUCACCUGGAAAUGGAGCUACGCAUCGAACUGCAACGACCACGGGACCGGAAUACGCUUCGUGGUGGGAUGCAUCGGGGAUGAGUGAAAUUUUAGGGAUUCCCACGCAUCGAACAUCGUUAUAUAUGGAUCCGCGAAAUAUGACAAUCAAUUAUUGCAAUUCCAUUCUAGAAGCCGGAGGAAAGUCCACUCUGUUCUUCCCACCCGAUCUGCGUAAACCGAAACGAAUUCGUACGGCAUUCUCACCGGCUCAAUUGUUCCAGUUGGAGAACACGUUUGAACGAAAUCAUUAUGUUGUUGGACAAGAACGGAAAGACUUGGCCGCGGGUCUCGGAUUGACGGAAACACAAGUCAAAGUUUGGUUCCAAAAUCGUCGAACGAAAUACAAACGUAUGCGUAUGGAGGAUCCGGACCAGUCGAGUAGUACAUGCGGAGCGGAACCCGAUUCACCCUACAUUCCCGGAUCCGGCAAUCACAGUGAGGAAGGAUUAGAUCUUUCAAAUGAUCCAAUGACUUCACGUGCAAUGGCGGACACCAGUGGUCUAUCCGCAAGCAAUCAUGAACCUUCCGGUGCAUUGGUAAAUGUUACACAACCCGAGGAUUUGACGGAACGGGUUGAUCUUUCACAAGAGGCACUCCAGUUGUGCAAAUCACGUUUCGAUCUUGACAGACUAUUCCCAUAUCGUCCAACAACGGGAGCGGGGAUGGAACAAGAGUGCCAUAUCGAAUUGUGUCGUCUUGUUUUGCUUAUCCGAGAACCGGUAAUGGAUAUCAAGACAAACAGCCAUAUCCACAUUCUGUUCAGCAAUUCCCGAUCUAUGAGGCAUAAAGUUACUCCUGGUUCAGACGGUAAGUGCACAAAACCAAAAGAGGACAUGGACAGUGUGAGAACAUUUUCCCUGUUGGAAGCAGAGGGACGUGUGCGUUAA